AUAAAACGAAAACAAAGAAAUACUGGAAAGUUUCAACGCCUGUGUGUUGUGUCAAAGUGACGAACAAGAAAAGCUGAAUCGGUUCUUUGAGGGCAGCUGUUCGAAAGAAUCGAUUCGCUAAAACGAAUCGGACUUCCCAUCAUUACUUUUGCAACGGGAAGUUCAGGCUGAGCAAGUCAAGAGCCCUUGCAAGCAAAAAGCAAGGGGAAAGGCCAUCACUUACGUUUAUUAGAUUGUCUUUCUUCAUAUAAAACGCAAUAUUAUAUCGCCAUCACAUUUAAAAAUAUAAUAAAUAAACCAGUUAGGAAAAUUAACACCGCCUUCGACCUCCCCCUCCCAUGCUCGUGCGAUUGCGCUUCCUGUUCCGCCUGUAAGACCUCGCCCUCUUUCGUGUCUCACAUUUUCUCCGCCUGAUUUUGUCCGAAUCCUACUAUGGUGAAAAGCACGACUAAUGAAUAUUAAAUUGGGCGCGUAACCGGAGCACCAGGAAGGUUACUAAGCAACGCAAGCGUAGUUAAUAUUCAUGAGAAUUUGUGGACGUAGCGUACUUCCGCCGCCCUCUGAGUUAAAGAAUUCAUUAUGCAGAUUUUUUUUGUGACCGGUAUAAUAUCGUGUAUAAUAUACGGUGCUUUAUUCGCUGAUCAUUUCUCAUCAUUUCAUAUGCGAAAAAAAAACUGAAAGAAAAGUAAAAACAUGUGAAUGAGAGUUGCCUCUACAGGGCUCCGCGUCCUAUACUCCAAAAUGAAAUAUAGAGACACCCUUUAAAGAAUCUAAGCAAUUCAGAAACAGCUCAAAAGACUUUAUUGUCCAUAAAACUAAACGACGCGCUUAGCAACUAUACAAACUUCCAGGCAACGAGCAAAUGCAAUGCGGAUACUUAGAGCGAGCGUAAUUGGCAUUCUGGAGAGCUGAUUGGCUAACGCCUCUCUCUAACCCCGCCCACGCUACCAGGCUGCUUUGUAUAAACAAUACUGAAAGUUCAGUUCGAAACGUGCAGAUUCAGAACCUUUCACACCAUGCCACCAAAAAAGAAAGGGAAAGGAAACAGCAAAAAGGAAAAGUCCAAAAAGAGCACACCAGAAAAAGACGAUGGACUUGCAGAGAAGUAUCGGAGAAGUGCCUUAGACGUGGCUGUUUUAAAAGAACAUCUCGCUCUGAGGACCAGUAUAACUCAUCAGGCCACAGCAGUGAGAGAUGACUUGAAAAGUCAAAUCAGAGAUCUGGAGCAGGUGCUCAGUCAGGAACGAUCAGACAUGAAGGACAUCACUACAGAUCUCAACCGCCAAUAUAAGUCCAUGGAGACAGACCUGCAGACUAAAGUCAACAGGCUUGAAGUGAGUGCAGACUUGCUUGAGAAGCAGCUCGCCGAAUGUCAGGUUAAAUUAAAAUCGGAAAGAGAGCAGCGAGAGAAGACAGAAGCAGAAAAAGACGCCAUCAUUUCUGACCUCCGAAGCAAACUGGACGGUAUGGAGAGGGAGUGUGAGAAGAUCCUGCACGGCUGUCUGGACAGUUUGCUCUCUCACCUGGCUGAGACGCGGCUGCAGUGGGAACAACAGAGCACAUUUAUUCACCAGGAAGUCAAGGACGCCCUCAGAGACUUCGGGAUAAACCCGCUUCACCUAUGAGGACGCCUCAGUUGAGCGCUGUGGACAGGACAGGACAGGAGACAUCUGAUCUUUGACAUCUAAGCAACUGCACAUGCAUAAACCAGGAGUUUUUACACUUUUGCAUACAGUACGAGUCAGAACAACUUUUAAAAUAAAUGAAUAGUUUUAAUUAGCAAGGAUGCAUUAAACCGAUGUCAGUAAAGAGAUUUAUACUGUUUCAAAAGAGUUCUGUUUUAAAUAAAUGCUGUUCUUUUGAACUUUUUAUUCAUCGGUGAUUCCUGAAAAACAUAAUAUGAGCAGAACUGUUUUCAAAACUGAUGAUUUGUUUUUUUGUUGAGCACCAAGUCAGCAUAUUAGAAUGCUUUCUCAAUGAUUAUGCGACACUGAAGACUCGAGUAAUGGCUGCUGAAAUUCAGCUUUGCCACCACAGACGAAAUUACGUUUUAUGUUUCGCUGUAUUUUGAUAAAAUAACCAUAUCCUAAAUAACCACAACCAUAUCCCCAAUAAAAGGCUUCUUUCAAAAACAAAAAAGCUCUUUGUGACUAAUUGAAUAAUGUAUAUUCGUAUGUUUAGUUAUCACGUAUAUCACAUUUGUCAGAUGAACAUUUAUACCUCAGUUAAAGUUGCACAAGCUAGCACAGCACAGCUAGCAAGUUUAACUGAGGUAUAAAUGUUGAUCUGACAACAAGAAAAAAAGACACUCACUUCACCA